ACUACAGGUGACGUCAUGACGCACCGCCUGCGUCACUGACGCUACGGAUGUAAACACUGCUUGGUUCACGCGGAGGGGGAAAAAACCGGGAAAACCCGACUAUGCCUCCUAAGCUGACGCGCUUCGUCAGUCCGGGGAAAGGUAACGGACUGCGGGCGACAGUCCGGAUCGGGAGAGGAGAGCUGGUGUACUCCGCCGAGCCGCUGGCGUGCUGUGUGUCCAACAAACUGGCCAGAGAUGUCUGCCACCACUGCUUCUCACGACGUGAGAACUUGUUGCGGUGUUCCCAGUGCAAGAUGGCUCGCUACUGCAAUAUCACUUGCCAGAAACAAGCUUGGUGCGGCCAUAAGAGAGAGUGUAAAUGUCUGCAAAGCCUCCGACCCAGAGUUCCCACUGACUCAGUCCGUCUGGCUGCUCGACUCAUCUUUGCCUUGUUAAGUCCCUCUAAGAGCAGUAGUGAGGAGCUCUACACCUUGGAGGAGCAUGAAUCACACCUGAGUUCCAUGUCCGAGAACAAGCUACUAGGCUUGUCUCAGCUGGCAUCCAUGCUGGAGCUGUAUGUACCUGACCUGGCACAGGAAGGGGCGUCAGCACUUCCGCCUUCCUGCCGAGAACCCUUCAGCCUGAUUGCAAAGGUCACAUGUAAUUGUUUCACUAUCAGUGACGGAGAGCUGCAAGAGAUUGGAGUUGGGCUGUAUCCUAGUUUAUCUCUGCUGAACCAUGACUGUGGGCCAAACUGUGUGAUGGUGUUUGUGGGAACGAAACUGCAGCUCAGGGCUGUUCGGGAUAUCAACCCUGAAGAGGAGCUGACUAUAAGUUACAUUGAGACGUUGUCGCCUACAGAAGAGCGUCGGAGACAGCUGGAGGACCAAUACCAUUUCACGUGCCGCUGCCAGCAUUGUGACUCCCAAGACAAAGACAAACUCAUGUUGUCGGGGCACAAAUCAACAUGGUACCCUCUGAAGGAGGCUUUACCCAGACUGGAGGGACUGAAAGCAGAGUCGGAUUGGCGAGCGUUACUGGAGGGCUGUAGUCAUCUCUUAACGACUGUUGGUUGCGACGUGUCCGAUGAGAAUCUGUAUAAACUGAGAAUCACCGACAUGGCUGCAGAUGCUUGCAUUCACUUGGGACACUGGGAGGAGGCUGUGGGCUAUGGAGAGAAAACACUUCCCGUAUACAGCCAGUACUUCCCCGAUCCUCAUCCCGUCCACGGGGUCCAGCUGGUGAGAGUCGGAAAGCUGCAACAUUACCUGGAACGCAUUGAGGACGCUUUGGACACAUUCAAACAGGCCCAUCGGAUCAUGAAGCUCACCCACGGGGACGAUCACCCCAUGACCGCCGAUCUACUGAUGAAGAUGGAGGAAUGUCGCACUGAGAUCGUUCAGUUCAACAGUCGCUGAGACGCAGCCACAAAAUAUAAAACAAAGAAAGAAUGACCACUGGACAUUUCUACUAUAUGAUGUUUAUCAGACAUUUUCUUUAAAAAAAUGCUUUGAGCCCUCAUUUUGUCAAAACGGAAUAUAUUUAAGUUGUUUAAGAUAUUUUGUGUUGAGAAUAACGAGACAUAAGUCUGAAUUAAAGCCGAUGUGUGAUGCUGUACAGUGGUGCUGUGCAGUAAAAUGAGGCUGAUGGGCAGUUGGUUGGAGUCUUAUGAUCCAGGCACAUUAACGGGAAGCAUUGAAUAGGUCUAAAAAAAAUUAAAUUCCUUUUAAAACAAGUUUAUUAACAUUUUGUGUUUUGUUAUUUGCUUUCUUUUUUUACUUGGAUGAGUUGAUGCUAUCGAGGUAUAACUAGUUUAGCAUCUCAUAACGAGCUACCAACCACUAAUUAUUCCUCUGCACGUUUCUAUUCGUCUCGCUUCAAGUUUAUUGACAAAGUAAGCAACCCCAUGUGAGUGUGUGUAAUUGUUUGUGUGGGAAAGAGAGCGCAGAGACUUAUAUUCCUCUGUCUCCUGCAUUUAAUCCUCCAAUAUACCAUCUAGAUGUGUGUCUCUGUGCGUGGGUCCCUUUGUGUCUACGUGCACUGUGGGUGUGUGUUGUUUUAGAAACAUCCAUCUUUCUUCUAUAUAUAUUCAUCGCACACUUCCCAUGUUAAUCCUUGUUAUUUUGGGUUAAUAGUCAAGCCUUGUGUUUCUGUGAUGGAAUGUGGUGAUAGGUCUCUCUCUCACUCUCUCUCACUUGUUAAUCCCAAAAGUCUAUCAUUUGCAAACUGAUGACAGCAUUUCCGCUGAAAUGGAACCUGUGUGUGUGUGUUUGUGUGUGUGUGUGUGUGUGUGUGUGCGCGCUGUUUAUGGGGGGCUAGAAACUUGUUUGGUUUUUAUGUUUCUAAAAAGGUUUUUGUUUUCUGAAGCAUGAGAACGGCCAACAAUCCCGUCAUCCGUCCCGGGUAAGUCAGCAGUAAACUACGGAUAAUAAUCGACGAUAAUCACAGAAUUACAAAAAAAAGUCCCGACAGUAACAUGUUACAUAUAACAUACAUAAACACUCGUUUAAUUUCCCCCUGCUGAUGUAUGCGGACGGGGAGAGAAAAGGCUUUUGUUAAUUGAAUCUUGAAGAGACGAAAGGAAAUGAAGGCAAAGAUUGAAAUGAGUGGUAAUGAAGGUGGUGGACUGAAUGGUCUGUGGGAGAGAACACCGCUCCUCCUUCCUCCAUUACGCACAUCGCUGGCUCUGCUGCUGUCUCUCUCACCCUCUGCCUUUCUCCUCUCGCACAUCUUAACAGCUAUUAAAUUAGCUUUACCGUAGCUUAACCAUAACCCUCUGUCUCCCUCUCUGCCACUCGCUGUCUCUCUCCCCCGUUUGUCUGCCUCUCUCACUCCCCAAAGCCUUUUAAAUUAAAUUCACUAUUCGUCCUCAUCCCUCUCUCUCUACUGCUGCACGUUUCUGCAGCCAAUCACAAAGAGGACACCUAGUGGUUUUAACCCAUCUUCAUGCAUCUCCUGCCAUUCGCAUUUUCAAUUUUCAUUUUGUGGACCUUCCGCCUCACCCUGUCUCUUCCUGCACCACUUCACCUUUGCACUCUCUACUCUCCCUGAUAUCAUCUCUCAUUUUUUUCUUCCACUCCUCCUGUAUCUUCUCUAAUAUUCUCUCCCUCCCUGUCAAUAUCCACAGUCUAAAUAAGAAAGUAAAACAACAACCUAAGUUCAAGAUACAAGAUUAGAACCUGCCUUCACUCUCAAAUUGAUUGUCAGGUCUAAUUUUAUUGGAUGACAGCAAAAAUCUUUCUAAUUCUCUAUCUGCAUGUCAAAUUGUUACAUUGUAAUGAUGAAAAAGUCCCUUCUGCCUUACCAAGGGUUUCAAAGAGAUGCAGCCUUUCAGGUUAUAUUAACAGGCAGACACGGCAGAUUUGAUCCCUUGUAUCACUUCUCAAAUAUCUUCCUGUUUUACAGCAUUCUGUGAAAAUAACUUGAUGGAUAUUGCCAUAUAUUCAUGAGCAUUCCCAUAUUGGAAUGAAACUAUGAAGCCUCACGUAAAGCCCACAUCGUCACCAUGGCCUCAUCACCUCUCCAUCUGCCUUUCAUCUUAGAUGAUUCAUCAUCAGAGCAGGCUCUUAAAAACCGAGGGCCGUUGAGAUGAAGGGUAACUGCUUCUACCUUCUUGGAAACUAUACAAAUUUCAUGAUGAGUCCUUGUUGGACUGAGAUUGGCUUGUUUCCAUGGUAUUGUGAUCUUUACCAUGAUGGGGCCAUGUCUCUUGGGGACGUUGGUCGGACAGUUGGUUCACCCCUUUCAUGUCACAGGCAUGCAUGAUUCCCACAUACUUUGUUGAUCACCACUCUUUCCAUGCAGCGCAAUUUUGUGAUUGGCAGCUGUGUUUUGAGGUGAACAACUACAGGAUGAGACGUUGCUCAUGCAAUAGUUCAAACUUUUCUGACACCUCCUGCUUAUGAAGCCAAAACUCGGAAGGACCAUAAGGCUCCACUUUCUGUCUGUAUCAAAUGGUGAAAGACCAGACUAAAAAAUGUGGCACUUACCUUCAACAUGAGGUAAAAAUCUUUUUCCUAUCUUUUCACUUUUCAUAAAGGUCCAUCAUCAGGUCUGGUCUUUAACUCAAUACUUAAGACUUAAAUCCCUCUUUCUGGGAAAUAGAGAAGUUCUUGCCUGAAAAGAAAAUAGAGAAGUCGAAUAAACCGUCUUUUUUUCUUGCACUCUAAAGUCACGUCUAAAUCUAGUCCAAGAAGAUUCCAUUGUACAUAAUAACAUCCAGCAUGAAAAUCUGCCUUACUAUGUUAGGCAGGAAAUUAAACUUUUAACUCAUACCAUUGGACAGGUUUGGUGAAAGAUGAUUGUAAUAAUAUAUUUUUUUAAUUCCUCCAGAUAAUUCUGGAACAGUUUCUAAAUGUAAUGUUUGUUUACUUGUCUUUGUAUGUUCUCCUGUCCAACCCCAUUUCUCCCCUCUGCACUCUGCUCAAAGGUGAUCCUGUUCACCAAAACUUUGUCACAAUCCCCUUUUAUCCCACAUUUCCUGUAGCCACCUUUCUUCUCAUCUAUUCUCUCCUGGUCUCCCCUAUUCCUUCCUUCACCUCCUUCCUGUUCCCUGCUGUGCGCGGUUGAUCAAAGCCGGCUCAACAGGGCAACAUGUCACCUAGGAAGCUGCCUACAGGCUAGUGAAGGUACACACACACACACUCACACACUCACACUCAGCCUGCACCACAGGAUUAUAGUUUCCAGUAUACUUGGGUUUAGUGUGCUCUGGAAGCAAAAAAAACAAGAUUAUCACAGAUUCCAAAAACCUUAAAUGAAUAAUGAUCCAUUGAUUUUCUAA